AUGGAUAUUAAAGAAGACAUCUCUGAGGAAGAAACUGCUGUUCUGAAAGAAGAAAGUGAUUUGGAGUACGUUUCGGAUGAAAAGAAGAUCAAACUGGAAACAGCAACUCGGGAUAUGUCUAUUGCUGAAGAAAAUGGUUUCACGACAAUGUCUACAAAAGACACGGCAGAGGAAGAAAAGAAUGCGGUGGAGAUCGACGACGCAAACUCGUCGUCUGUCAGUUCAGAAAGGUCUGAAACUCCAGCUAUGGAGUUGGACUCUCUCGAGACAGACUUUGUGAACAACCAUGAUGGUAUGGAGUCUGCUACUGCUGGUCGUGCCGAACCACAUGCAGGACGGCGAUUGAAGAAUGGAUUUGUGAAUCCAGAAGUGCAAAACAAAGUAAUUUACGAAGGAAGCGAAGGAAAAAGUGACUCAAGUUCGCCGCCAGAAGUCCCAUUAUCUUCAUCAGCCGAACAUCCUUCCUCUUCUUCUCCACCUGAAAGGCCAUCUUCAUCCGCCAGCCGAUCGAGCACGCACGAAUCUGGCGCAGUCGAGUUUAAUUCAGAACUUCGCUGCGAGCACGGUGGCAUCAAUCUCGACGAGUUCCGCCAAGCGGUCAGUCCAGCCGAAUGGAAACAGCUUUCUUCAUAUUUUGAUCCAGCUACUACAUUCGUAGUGCGAUGCGAUGAGCCCAUAUGCCAGGAGUGUGAGAGAGAAUUCCAUGAACAACAGUGUGGAAAGCAGGAGUUGAAGGAAUCUCUGAGAGAUCUUCGAAAUCGCAUCGGUGAGCUACUUAGAGAGAUCGAUCGACGACGUCCAACUGAGGAAGAAUAUGGCACUAUCUACUCACGGGGAAUCUGUAGCCAGUUUUUGAGCAAGCUUACAGCAACAAUCAAAGCUCGCAGUUUAUCAAUCAUGUUGCCGACGAUAUGUCAAGAAUGCGUUAUGUGUACUCACGGGUUGCCGAAUGUCGGGCUUUCUUGCGAUCUUGGCAGUGUGCAUCUUGUGGCAUUAACGGAGAAGGAGUGGAAUCGCAUAUGCGAAGAAAUCGCCAAUGGUUUGGGAUUGGAUGGAUCUGCUCGACCGAAUCCAAUUGUUAUUUCCGAGAGAGGUCAGAAUUACAUGCAACCAAGAUCUUGGUUUGCUGCUUUGAUCUACGAUUAUUGCGAUGUCCUUUCUAUGCUUAGAUUCGUGCACUAUGUGUGCAGGUUUUUUUUGAUGCUAUCUCAGAGAAUUCUUUGAAG